AGGAGCGGCUUUAGGGUGCGAGGAAAUAUGCCACGAGAGGCAAUGUGACAGCAAGAGACAGACGCACACUGACACAAAGUUCCCCCAGUCGGACUGGAGUAUUGCUGGGCUACUACUGCUGCAGCUGAUCUGUUGUAACGGAGAAUGAAGGGCCUCUACUGACCUGACGGUUCAGCAGCUCAGUUCAGCUCUCUCAUUUCUUCUUCCUCUCUUAUUUCACUCUGCUUAUGGACAAUGGGAUUUUAACCAUGUGGCAGAUAGCUGAGCAGUUACCCUGGAUUUCGCUGACACCGCGCCUGAGUUCCGCUUGAGAGGAUGGAAGCGCUGGAGUCAGAGCUGACUUGCCCAAUCUGCCUCGAGCUCUUUGAGGACCCACUGCUCCUGCCCUGUGCCCACAGCCUGUGCUUCGGCUGCGCCCAUCGCAUCCUGGUAUCCCACUGCGCCUCCAACGAGCCCGUCCAGUCCAUCGGAGCAUUCCAGUGCCCCACCUGCCGCUAUGUCAUCUCUCUCAGUCCACAGCGUGGCCUAGAAGGACUGAAACGCAACGUCACCCUCCAGAACAUCAUCGACCGCGUCCAGAGGGCCGCCUCCUCCGGCCCCCUGGCCCUGCUGCCCCACAGCGGGCCCAACUCCCCUAGCGAGGACGCCGGGCGAUUCGCCCUGGCCCUGAUCCCCGCCUCCACCGCCAUGACCAGCCCCGGGACGCCGCCCAGCCAUGUGCAGUGCCAGUUCUGCGAGCAGGACCCACCGCAGGAUGCCGUCAAGACGUGUGUGACGUGCGAGGUGUCAUACUGCGACGAGUGCCUGCGCGCCACGCACCCCAACAAGAAGCCCUUCACGGGCCACCGUCUGAUCGAGCCCAUGUCGGACUGCCACCUGCGGGGGCUACAGUGCCUGGAGCAUGAGGAGGAGAAAGUGAACAUGUAUUGCGUCACCGACGAACAGCUCAUCUGCUCUCUGUGCAAACUGGUAGGAAGACACCGAGACCACCAGGUGGCGGCCUUGAGCGACCGCUACGAGAAACUCAAGCAAGCGUUGGAUUCCAACCUGAGUCAUUUGGUCAAGAGGAAUAAUGAGUUGGAAGGGUUGAUGGGAAAGUUGAUCCAAACCUGUCAACAUGUAGAGGUCAACGCAUCGCGGCAGGAGGGAAAGCUGAUGGAAGAAUGCGACCUCCUGAUUGACAUCAUCCAGCAAAGGAGGCAGAUCAUUGGGACCAAAAUCAAGGAGGGAAAGGCGGUCCGGAUCAGGAAGCUAGCCCAGCAGAUCUCCAACUGUAAGCAGUGCAUCGAGAGGUCCUCUGCUCUCAUCACCCAGGCCGACCAGACCCUGAAGGAGACGGACCACGCCCGCUUCCUCCAGACCGCCAAGAGUAUCACCGAAAGGGUUUCCAUGGCGACCGCCUCCUCUCAGGUCCUGAUUCCAGAGAUCAACCUGACGGACACGUUUGACACGUUCGCUCUGGACUUCACCAAGGAGAAGAAGCUGCUGGAGAGCCUGGACUACCUCACAGCGCCAAGUCCUCCGAGCAUCAGAGAAGAGCUCUGCACGGCAUCGUACGACACCAUCACCGUCCACUGGACCUCAGACGAUGAGUUCACAGUGCUUUCCUAUGAGCUCCAGUAUGCUAUCUUCACAGGGCAAGCCAACGUUGUCAGCCUGUGUAACUCUGCAGACAGCUGGAUGAUUGUGCCUAACAUCAAGCAGAACCACUACACCGUCCACGGCCUGCAGAGCGGCACCAAGUACAUCUUCAUCGUCAAAGCCAUCAACCAGGCAGGUGCCCGCAGCAGUGAGCCAGGGACACUCAAAACCAACAGCCAACCUUUCAAGCUGGACCCCAAGUCCGCCCACAAGAAGCUAAAGAUCUCCCAUGACAACCUGACGGUGGAGCGCGACGAGACGGCAUCGAAGAAGGGACACGGCCAGGAGCGCUUCACCAGCCAGAGUAGCUACGGCGUCGUUGGCAACGUUUACAUCGACAGCGGACGCCACUACUGGGAGGCCCUGAUUGGAGGAAGCACAUGGUAUGCGGUGGGCAUCGCCUAUAAGUCGGCCCCCAAGCACGAGUGGAUCGGCAAGAACUCGGCCUCCUGGGUCCUGUGCCGCUGCAACAACUCGUGGGUGGUGCGUCACAACAGCAAGGAGCUGGCCAUCGAGCCUUCGCCCCACCUGCGCCGCGUGGGUGUCCUGCUGGACUACGACGCCGGCUCGCUUACCUUCUACGACGCCGUGGGCUCGCAGAACCUGCACACGUUCCACGUGUCCUUCGCCCAGCCCGUGUGUCCCGUCUUCAAUGUGUGGAACAAGUGUCUGACUGUCCUCACGGGUCUGCCCAUCCCCGAACACCUAGAAGGGUUGGAAACCCAGGACUGAGACCCCCUGGGAACUAGAGUUCCACCGGGCCAGAUCAGACUAAUUUGGGUUGGGUUAGGUUAGAUUAAGCCACCUCCAAGGCACUUUGGGCCACUAUGAACUAGAAAAGGCCAUCCGCAAACUUGAAUCAUCACAGAAAAUGUCAUGCUACCAUCUCAUUUUAUUUUAGGCACUUUGGACCACCUCUUGGGCCAACGUCAAUCGCACAGACCACCCUCGAUUCAACCACAGACCGUUUGACCACAGACCGUUUGACCACAGACCGUUUGACCACAGACCGUUUGACCACAGAC